AAUUGGCCGGAGUUUCUCGACUCUUUUGAAAUGACUAUUGCUAUAUAAAUCACAUCUCUCACCAGAGCCGUAUACGGCUCUGUCUCUCACUAGAGAAUUUAACUGUCGUCUGAAUUCUACUUUCAGUUUAUUAUAGUCUUGAUUGUCCAACAAUGACAAGAAAAUGACUAGAAUAAUCAAAACUAGAGACGCGCCAAACUUAUACAAGAUUGGCGUGCGAGCUGGAUUAUUAGGAAAUGCUUUUGGUAUAGGUCUAUUAAUCAGCUUCUCCAAUACAACAUGGACACAUUUUGGCUGGUAUCUAACAGCUUUAAGCUUCUUUCAUUGGUCAGAAUAUUACACUACGUCAGUGACGAACUCAAGAUCUUUAACUUUAGAGUCAUAUUUACUAGACCACAGUCGUGAAUAUAAAAUAGCUGCCGUGGCUAGUUGGACAGAAUUCACGCUGGAAUGGUUGGUAUUUCCUGGGUUAAAACAGUUUAAAUGGUUGAGUAUACUAGGGUUAAUAUUAGUAAUAGGAGGAGAGGUUUUACGUAAAACUAGUAUGAUAACAGCUAGAAGUAAUUUUAAUCAUUAUGUUCAACAUAUCAAACAACACGAUCAUCAGCUAGUCACGCAUGGUGUUUACCAAUAUUUUAGACAUCCUUCGUAUGUUGGUUGGUUUUAUUGGAGUAUUGGCACACAGAUAAUUCUGUGUAAUCCGAUAUGUCUAGUAGGUUAUACCAUCGUUUCCUGGAGAUUUUUUAGACAGAGGAUCCACGAGGAAGAAAUCUCAUUGUUAAAUUUUUUUGGAGAACAUUAUGUAGACUAUCAGAAAGAAACAGGAACUGGUUUACCAUUUAUUAAAGGUUAUAUAGGACGAUAUUAAAUUCUGUGCCUUUUUAAUCUAUAUAUGCUCAAAGAAGAAUAUCUUUAGUGGAAUUGUUUAAAUAGUUUCUGUUUCAACAUUUAUGUACAUAUGAUCUAAUUAGUAGAAAUGGCAGCAAAGUAUUUUCAACCAAUAGUGAUUCAGGAAUAAUUUCUAUUCCUAGAGAUUUUGAUAUUUAAAGCUUUAAUUAUUUGAUCUACUUAUUAGGUAAUAAUUUGAAUAAUAGUAUAAUACUUAUUAGGUUUAUCAUUUUUUAUUAUGAUAAACACAGGUUCAGUCUUUAUAUUCAGGAGAUAUCUAUGACAUAUUGAACUAGUCAAAUAGUUAUAGAAAACACACAUAUAUAUAAAGUUGUUAAUAUUUUAGUUUAUAUUCUGUAAUAUUGGUAAUCAAUGGUUUUAGAUGAUAUUGUAUGUUUAUCACCGUGUGUGCCUGUUUUUAUCAUUCCUUCAUAGUUUAUCUCAUAACAAUAAAAAUAUUUCACCAUU